GACUACAUGCUAAACUCUUUAUUUAGCUUCUUUUAUUUAUUAGCAAUGUAGUUCUGUAAUUUAUUUUUAUUUAUUUAAUUUUACUUAUCAACUUUAUUUGAAUAUGUAAAAAACUAUUUCAAUCUAAGAUAGAAUAUAAUUACGACCUAAUAUUACUCUUUACAUAUUGUUACACUGUUUUGAUAAAAUGGAGCAAUAACAUCAACAACAAUAAAUAAGUAAAGCCAUAUUAUUAAAACAUUUAAAAUAUAAAAGUGAUACUUAAGGCAACAGUUGGAUUGUUUUUGCAAACAAAAGAUUUUUGUUUUUUUUUAUAUUGGCCCUGCUGUCCUUACAGCAAGAGGGAAGGACAGCAGGGGAGGGGCGAGGAGGUAUGGUCAGGCCUCAAUGUCACAGUAGGCCUUUGCUACAGUCAUGGCGGUGAGCACUGGAGAGCAGCAGCAUGUGGAGCAAGUUUAAAGAGAGAAAACAGGUUUGAUAGUAACAAUGAAAACAUCUAUAAGGAGAAGAAGAGUUCAACCUCAACAUGACGCAGAAUACUAUAUUAAGCUGGAAAUUGACAAGACUGGUCUAACAGAACAGUUCAUCAACCCAUGCAAAGGUCGUGGUGUAAUUGCCACACAGCUUUUCAAACAGGGAGAUUUUAUCCUUGAAUACCGUGGAAAGCUUUCUAAAGUGGAUCCUUACCUUCAAAGAGAUAAAUUCAAUGAUACAGUGGAAGUUUUUUUGUUUGAUUUCAAAUGGAAAGGGACCUGCUGGUGCAUUGAUGCUUCUAUUGAAGACAAGUCACUGGGACGACUAGUGAACGAUGACCACCGAAGGCCUAACUGUAAGAUGAAAACAGUUGAAGUUGAAGGGAUACCACAUCUUUGCCUGUUUGCCCUCCGAGACAUUGAACCAGGAGAAGAAAUAACUUAUAACUACGGAAAAGCUGAUUGGCCUUGGCGCAAGAUGGACAAAUCCACCCCUGAAGUGAGCAACCAAACUGGCAAUGAUGAACACUGCGCUCAGGACAAGUCUUCUACCCCUGAAGUCAGCAACCAAACCGGCAAUGAUGAACACCGCCAUCAGGAGAAAUCUUCUUCCCCUGAAGUCAGCAACCAAACUGGCAAUGAUGAACACCGCCAUCAGGACAAAUCUUCUACCCCUGAAGUCAGCAACCAAACCGGCAAUGAUGAACACCGCCAUCAGGACAAAUCUUCUACCCCUGAAGUCAGCAACCAAACCGGCAAUGAUGAACAUCACGAUCAGGAGAAAUCUUCUUCCCCUGAAGUGAGCAACCAAACUGGCAAUGAUGAACACUGCGCUCAGGACAAAUCUUCUUCCCCUGAAGUCAGCAACCAAACUGGCAAUGAUGAACACCGCCAUCAGUCACGGUUAACCAAGCUGCGGCAGCAUCAUGAGAAAUGCCUGAAACGUCACAGAAUGGCAGAGGAGGAGCAUAAUGCUAAAGAAAAACAUUACACCAUGAUUUUAAUGAAACGUGCAAAACUAGCACAGGAACUGGCAAAACUGGAUGCUCUUCUAAAAUCCCAGCCUGAAAAUACUACUGACAUGAGUUCUCAGCAUGAUAUUCAGGUACCAUUACAACUUGCAGCCUAUAAAAGGGAUAUUCAGAUGUUUGAUGAGUGGGACAGCCACUACCUUCAUCUGAUAGUUCCUUCUUGGAGGAAUUAA